UCACCAAGAUGGCCGCCCGCUGGUCCCGCCCCGGGCCGAGUCUCCCCAUCGACCGGAUAAAAAUGGCGGCGGAGAAGCGGCGGUUGGUGGCGGCGCUGCCGAGCUGAGGGUUUAGGAGCUGUUGCUGUGGACGGAGAGACGGGGACGUGAUCGGCCAUUGCGGGCGGCUAGGGUUCCGGUGAGCCCCCCCCCCCCCCCCCCCCAAUUUGCUCGGUGUGUGGGCUCAGCUUCGAGGGGCUGAGCUUCGAUGGAGGACCGCAUGACGGGGCACAACAAAGAGAAGCAUUAUGAGUGUGACGUGUGUGGGAAGGCCUGGCAGAAGCCGAGCCAGCUGGAGAUCCACCGGCGGGGGCACACAGGAGAGCGUCCCUUCGACUGCUUCGAGUGCGGCAAGAACUUCGCCCGCUACGAGACACUGCUGCGGCACAACCGCGUACACUCUGGCGAGAGGCCCUUUGCCUGCCACGACUGCGGCAAGAGCUUCAAGUCAAUGCAUGAGCUGAAGAUGCACAAGCGGGUUCACACGGGAGAACGCCCCUUCACCUGCUCCGACUGCGGCAAGAGCUUCACCCGCCAUGAGACCCUGCUGCGGCACAACCGCGGGCACUCCCACGAGAGGCCCUUCACCUGCUCCGACUGCAGCAAGAGCUUCAAGACGGCGAAUGACCUGAAGAUUCACCGGCGGGUGCACACAGGCGAGAAGCCCUAUGACUGCUCCACCUGCGGCAAGAGCUUUGCCCAGAUGCCGGGGCUACGGCAGCACCUGCGGGUGCACAGCAGUGAGCGGCCCUUCACCUGCUCCGACUGCGGCAAAGGCUUCAAGUCGUCCACGGACCUGAAGGUGCACAGGCGCCUGCACACCGGGGAGCGGCCCUACACCUGCAGCGACUGCG